ACCGAACACUGAAAUCAGAAAAAAGCUUCAAUUUCUUUCAGUCAAUUGGAUAUAAUUCGGAUUAAAUUAAGGAAGAUGCAACAAUUGUUAACGAGUCAUGAAAAAUGAGUAUUUUUAUAAAUCAAAGAUUUUCAAGCGAUUUUCUUGUGUUUGCAGUGAAAUUAUGAUUUUGGCAAGAACGAUUCACAGAAAAACGAACGCCGAAUAACACCCAAUUGGAAUAUAAUGCAUGCGAACAUACAAUUAUUAAUGUGUCACCCCAAAAGUUAAAAUAUUUUUUCCAAAUAACAGUUCCAAAAAUGAAUUGAAAUAUUCCGCUUAGAGGAUUUUGGUGUCAAUCGUUCACAGAUCACUAACGACGAUGUGAAAUCAUUCGAGAAGCAAGAUAAGAUUCGAAACGUGUUUGAGUGUCGAGCGAUUCAAUAGAACAAAUCGUAGAGGGAGAGAAGAAAAUGUACAAAGUUGAGAUUUUUCGCGCCCGAGUUCAAAGGUCGAGUCGAGCUGAAGACAAAAUAUGGCAAAGAUUUGAUGAGAACCUCGAAGGAGCGGAGGACCCUCGUGUAUCAUUGUUGGAUCAUCUGAAAAAUACGAGUAUUGAAAAUUUUAAUGAUUAGUGUACGUGAACUGGAAACUCGAGGGAAAAGUGGAGAUAAGAUAUUUUAUUGGACGAGGAGCGAGCGUGAUAUGUUUCGACAGUGAACUAUGAAUUAAAAUAGAUUAAAUGACGAAGAAUCGAAACUGAGGCGAAAUAUAUUGGUCGAGAGAAAAGAAGAAGAAGAAUCAAAGUAAGUAAAAGUUCAUGCGGAGACUCGGAGUGUUUGAAAAUCGAAAGAAAACUUUUUCUAUUUACUUGUCAUUCAAAAUUUUUUCAAACGCAUCGAUGAUCGACCAACGACGAAAGUUUAUUCCGAAAAUUUAUAUUUCUCAUUCAUUUUUGUCCUGUCCUGAUCCAAUCGAUCACCCAUCGCUCGCGGAGAAACUAAUGAACGUCGAUCUAUGAGAAGAUGACUUCGUUAGUAACCGGCGACGAUCGGAAAGCCCCGAGAAUGAAGCCAAAAUCAGGAAAUAAAAAGAUCUCCAUCGAUGGCACGGCCCCGACCAGCGUGAAAGACGAGUCGAGAUCUUUUCUCGAUUUUUCACGCGAAAAUCUGAGCAUAUCGCAAUCCGAAUUGGAACAAGGGUUCAACAAACCCUCCAAAUGUUUUCAUCCUGGCAGCAGCAGACACGGCGUUCUCAGUCUCAUUGCUAUUUUCGUUGCUCUUGCGUGCGCCGCUCUCGAAAUCUGGGAAUUUCAUAGAGUUAUUAGUAACUCUAGAGAUAUCGAAAUAAUUAAACGAGAUAUUGAAAUUAUUAAGAGAGAUGUCGAGUCCCUCAGGGAUCGCAUGUUUGGAGAAGACUUUGUCGACGACCUCAAAGCAUUCGAGGAACAGUUGUAUGCGGAUGGCAGCCAAGCUGAGGAUUCGGGAGAGGCAGAUAUCGAAGGUGCCGAUUACGACAGCAAUUACGAAGAGGAUUACAGUCCAAAUUGGAACGAUUACGUAUCUGAUUUGAACGAGCCGACAGCAGCCACAACGCAGUCGCUCGUCGCUCGGAGUUUGUCGCAUUCGCUGAAGAGCGAAGACUCGAAGAGCACUUCGAGUCCGAAUCCCGAGGGCGUCGCGAUGCUCGCAGUUCUUCACAAGGUUGAAGCUCGACAAAGACAAGCGUUGGAGCAAAGCGUUCACGAAACUCGUGACAACGUUGCACGGGAACGUUUGGUCGACCAAAAUCAUGAAUCCCCUGGCCAUAAAAAUGAGAAAAAUCGAGAACAUUCCGACGACCACGCGAAACGACGACGCGCCAUCGCCGACGAAACUUUGAUUCACAAUACCAAGCGAACAGUCUUUUCCGAUUUUCGGAGUGAACACAAUCGCAGCAGACACGAAAAUGUUCAUACGAAUGGCUCUGAGGAAUCUCGAACUCCAAAAAGGAGAAAAAACAAAAUUCUAAAUACCGAAACAAUGUCCUGGAAUCGUCAUCCUCCGAAAAAGUAUUUCGCCGUCACCAGGGUGGAUAGUUCUGAAGACUUGGCGGAUCCUAGUCAAGCGAUGAGACGGCACUCGGUGUCCUGGGAUUACGCAGAAAACUUAGGGCGGCUUCAACGGGUACUUAAGGGAUCCGAUGUAAUGAGACGAUCGUUAAAACAACGAGUAAUCACGAGGCGUCAUUUGCGCACACCGAAACAAGUUUUCGCCGUUCAUUAUGGCGCUGACAGCGCUCUUUUUGGCAUGGAAGACGAGCACACCGGCAACGGCAGGGCGAAACACAACGAGGGCAUAUUCAAAGCUUGGCGACCAAGCGAUUGGGUCGCCGAUCUUGGGAUGAACAAACAUUUCACUCUCUCUCAUGACGGUAGACUUUCUGUUCACGAACCUGGACUCUAUCUCGUUUACGCGCAAAUUCAUUACCUCGAUGAACACGAUGAAAACGGAUUUCACGUGUUAGUGAACGGUCAACCGAUUUUUCAAUGCAUGGUUUACAGCCCGAGCACGGGUCACAAGAGCAGAUCCUGUUUCUCGGCUCAGAUAACAGUUCUCCAAGCGAGUGACCGUUUGGUCCUGAAGGACGUCAGUUCAGCAAGAUACACGCUAUUUCAGCACGACAAGAGUUUCUUCGGUCUGGUGAAACUCGGCGAUUCGAGACAGCAACAGCAACCGAAACACACAACACGAACACCGGAAACUCUCCUGUAGUUACAGCUGAGAACAAGAAGAAACAAUGCGAUGACACACCUCGGGAAAUAAUUAUUCAUAAUGUCAAAAUACGUAAUAGAAGUGCGGAAAUUAGAGCCGUGAACACUGGAUUUUGCAUCCUAUUGCUAAAACAAGUAAAGAUUAUGUGUUUCCGAAAGCAGGGUCAAUAGAUUUCUAUCCGAUGCCAGAAGAAAUUUAUAAGGGAGAUUUGUUAAUUAUGUGAUGAAAUAUUAUAUUGCCCUUAUACAGACACUUGGAUAAAACGAUAAGUGUGCCAUUUUUUGCAAAUAAUCGGCUAAAUUCGUCUGUAUGCGAUCAUUUAUCGAUAGUUCUUAGUUGACGCACGAUACUGUUUGUGUUGUAUAAUUCACGUUUGAUGACUCCCAGUGCGAUGAUAAUCGUCAACACGGACAAGAACGAAUGUAAAUAACACUUUUGUAUUUUAUCGAUAAUUAUAUACGUUGUGAAAAUAGGA